GGCCCUCCAUCAGGCAACAUGGGGGGUUACGGCGCGCCUGCGCCUCCCCCGCAGCAAGCUCAAGCUUUUGGCCACGGUGCGCCUUCUGGCUACUCGUUCCAAUACUCGAACUGCACUGGCCGCCGCAAGGCGUUGCUGAUCGGUAUCAACUACUUUGGACAGCGCGGUCAGCUGCGAGGCUGUAUCAACGACGUCAAGAACAUGAGCACGUAUCUCAACCAGCACUUUGGGUACAAGAGAGAGGAUAUGGUGCUUUUGACUGAUGAUCAGCAAAACCCCAUGUCUCAGCCUACGAAGGCGAAUAUUCUGAGGGCGAUGCACUGGCUAGUCAAGGACGCUCGGCCCAACGAUUCUUUGUUCUUCCACUAUUCAGGACACGGAGGCCAGACGAAAGACCUGGACGGCGAUGAAGAAGAUGGCUACGAUGAGGUCAUCUACCCCGUCGACUUCCGCUCAGCCGGCCAUAUUGUAGACGACGAAAUGCACCGCAUCCUUGUGUCGCCGCUGCAGCCCGGCGUCCGGCUCACCGCCAUCUUCGACUCGUGCCACUCUGGCUCCGCGCUUGACCUGCCGUACAUCUACUCCACCCAGGGUGUACUCAAGGAGCCCAACCUUGCCAAGGAAGCGGGGCAGGGCCUUCUUGGCAUUGUGUCAUCCUAUGCGCGCGGCGACAUGGGCGGCAUCGCGGAAACGGCGACCAGGUUUUUCAAGAAGGCCACGAGCGGCGGCGAUGUGUACCAGCGCAACUUGCGCACGAAAACGAGUCCCGCCGACGUCAUCAUGUGGUCCGGGUCGAAGGACACGCAGACGUCGCAGGACGCGAACAUCGGCGGCGAGGCGACCGGCGCGAUGAGCUGGGCGUUCGUGACGGCGCUGAAGAAGAACCCGCAGCAAAGCUACGUCCAGCUCUUGAACAGCAUAAGAGACGAGCUGUCGACCAAGUACACGCAGAAGCCGCAGUUGAGUUGUAGCCAUCCGUUGAAUACAGACCUGUUGUAUGUCAUGUAGACGAACCGGAGCUUCUCCUCUUUCCUGCGGACGGAGAGCAAGACAACAAACAUCUAGCCGAUGCAUGCACGCGUUUACGAGAUGGGAAAAUAUGUAAAUAGGCAGCGACGCGCGGGCCCAAUCGGCUUGGCGACGGGUGGACAGGUAUUCUGCACCGGAUUGGCUGCAGUAGUGUCGUUGGACUUUCUUUUUGGCGUUUGUCGUGCUACAGAUUUUUUGACGGCGGUUAGGUGGCGAGCUUCAUGCGGCGGACGGACGGGAUCUUUCAUCCACUGCUUCUUCUGCAUCGCAAAAAGGGCUUGUGCCGACAUAGCGUUAAUCGGCGGCUUCAUUCGCUUGUAGAGCUGUUUGGGCGCUGUCGUUAGCGGGGGUCUGCGGACCUGUGCAGCUUGGGAUUGCAUUGAACCUGUUUAAAAAGAAAGCUCGCGGGUAUAUAUUUCGGCUGUGGCAUU